AUGGGCUCACCCAUAGCGCCAGUUGUGGCCAAUAUAUUUAUGGAGAAUUUCGAGGAAAAAGCGUUGAACUGUGCGCCAAUUAGACCUAGAUACUGGUUGAGAUACGUGGACGAUGUGUUUGCCAUAGUUUCCAAACGGGGCGUAGGGCAACUACUGGACCACCUGAACGAAAUGCAUCCUCGAAUACGGUUUACGACGGAGGAGGAAAAAGAUGGAACCCUUCCUUUCCUGGAUGUAUUAGUGAAACGUGAACCGAGUGGCAGCCUGGUGCAUACAGUGUUUAGAAAGCCGACACACACUGAUCGUUACCUGAGGGCGGACUCCCACCACCAUCCGUCGCACCUAUCGUCCGUGCCACGCACUCUCAUUAAUCGUGCACUUCGCCUAUGCGAUCCUCAAUUCCUAGAGACUGAAUUGACACACGUACGGAAAGUGUUAGAAUGCAAUGGCUACAAAUGGAGACAAAGUUAUAGGAUAGCAAACACAACUUGUAAGACACGACCGCAGAUUGUGGAGCGAGUACCGGCAUAUUUACCGUAUAUGCGAGGGGUGACGGACAAAGUUGGACACCUGUUACGACGCAAGUACAGUAUCAGGACAAUAUUCCGCCCCCUUACGCAGAUAAGGAGAGUGUUACGUUCGCCGAAAGACCGCACUCCCCUUGACUGUCCGGGCGUCUACGAAGUUCCGUGCGAAUGCGGCAAAAGCUACAUUGGUGAAACGGGGCGCAAUAUUAACACCAGGCUCUCCGAGCAUAUCCGUUGCAUGCGCAAACUGGACAGCAACACGUCGGCGAUUGCAGAGCACGCCCUUACCACUGGAGCACCUCACUACAUUAGGUUUGACCGUGUGAAAGUCUUGGCUCGCGACAAGAACUUUGUGUCACGUAAGCUUCUUGAAGCCAUUGAAAUCAACCGUCGACCUAAUUUCAACAGAGACAAGGGUUGGUCUCUGUCUCCUACGUGGGAACCCUUAUUGCUGAGACCGAAGCAGAAGAACGACGACGAUGGUGUUGAAUACGUAGCUGACAUAGUCAGUACGUUUUGCGCCCCGUUUAAUGUCAACAACAUCAACAAUGACUCAUCAAUAUCGAGCUCGUCGACAUCGUCGCCGCCGGCGCACGCAAUGGCAACUGCACCCCCGGUGCCCCCCGCCCCCUCAAGCCGCGCCCUUCGAGCGCUGGCCCGCAGUGCGAGGCGCGACGCGAACGCGACACAUACUUAA